AAGUACAGGACAGGGCUUCAAAACAUAAUAAAUCAACACCACCUCGCUCUCGCUAGUUUCAGUUUGAAUGUAAACAGUGUAUUUAUUUUAUUGUAGGUAAGUUUUAUUCUGAAUUUAGUUUACUAUAAUCUGAGUUAUUCAUCCAAAAGAAGAUAAAUCUAAGAAUAAUAUUAUCAAAUUAUAAUGUACGGUUGAGAAGAAAUAAGAUAUUUGAUUAUAAUUUGAUGCUUGGACGUGGAGAUGCUAACUUUGUCUCUGCUGUCGCUGUCGAAAUGCCCUGUCUCCAAGGAGCCUCCUGUCUAACUGACCAAAGUAUGGAAGACAUUGAGAACGGCAACACUGUACGCCAAGAUGAUAACACAGUCACGCCAUGCAAUGUUGCCAGUUCUCCAACAACUGCUACCAAACUUCACCACUCAAAGAUUCUCGAAAAAACCGGACGAAUCAUCAGAAUAUAAAAAGCUGAACCGAGGCAUAUCGCGGGCCACAGACAAUGUGAAUUUGGUGUCUCAGGUCAGGACUGAAAUGGUCCUAGAUAAUAUUGAUCAAGACUAUCAGCUUGAAACACCCGCCUAUACAUUUAUGCUACCUGAUUUGACUGAAUUGGAACCAGAGGAAUUCGGCCGUUUCGUGGAGAAAGACUUGAUGGCGGUGUCAACUCAGGUCUCCCUGGAGCAAGCCGAUAGAUUGAACUGGUGGGUCAACCGAGGGUGUCAAAGACUCUGGCCGCUAUCCACUUCGGGAGAUGGGAACUGUCUACUGCAUGCUGCCUCUCUAGCGAUGUACGGCUUCCACGAUCGCCUACUGACUCUACGCAAAGCACUUCACGCUUUUUUGUCGGCCAAUCCCACACAAGGCGUAGCACUGUGGCGUAGAUGGAGACGGCAGCAGAGCCGACUAAACGCCUUAUCCGACCUGGUGUGGACUGAGGUCGAAUGGCGGCAGGAAUGGAACGCUAUUGUUAGCAUGGCUUCUAGUGAACCAAGGCUGAGAAGAACCAUCAGUGUGGCCAGUAACCAGAGUGGCUGUGGAGAUAUGUCGAACCUUGGAGGAGAUAUCUAUGAAAGCCUAGAAGAAGUUCACGUACUUGCUUUGGCCCAUGUACUCAAGAGGCCAAUCAUAGUAGUCGCCGACACAUUCCUUAAGGACAUGAACGGUGAACCUUUGGCGCCGAUCCCGUUUGGAGGCAUCUAUCUGCCAAUGGAGUGCCCCCCCGGGGAGUGUCACCGCUCCCCCCUCAUGCUGGCCUAUGACGGGGGGCAUUUCUCGGCUCUAGUUGCUAUGGAUACCAAACAACAUGCCUUGGCUUCUGCGAUUCCCCUGACUGAUAGCAGUAAUGAAAUUCUGCCGAUUCAGUUCAGCAUUGACCCAGAACUGCGAGAAGAUUUCGGAGCCAAAAUGGAGUUGACUCAUCCUGAGAGUGUCACACUUCUACACAAGUACUUAGACGUCAUCCACAUAGAUGAUCAGGAAACAAAUAGUGGAGGUGGAGGUCUGUUGGGCAGUAUUGGCAAAUCGGUUGGUCAGCGGUUGAAAUUCAAAUUGUCGCGCGCAAAUUCGCAACGACAAAAUGGCGGACAAGGUCUGAUGUGUGCCGCCAUACAUCUGGAGAAACGACUCGACUAUCUAGACAGGAUGCUCAACAACUACCUCAAUACAGCCAGGAUACGCUACCACCAGGAACAGGAUAAGAAACUAUUGGAAGGUGCUGCUUCAUCAACAGUGCGAUAUGGCGCUGGUAACUCACAGUUCUACACUGAUGCAGACAGCGAGUCACACGACAGAGUGAGUCAGCUGCAACCAGUCAAAGCACCAGUCAACCAUGACACCACGGUGUACCUGUGCAAGUCAACGUUCUACGACACCAGUCAGCUGUGUGAGACACCGGGAUGUGGCUUCUUUGGCAACCCACAGACAGGUGGCUACUGUUCAAAGUGCUUCCAACAGCAAAAACAACAAAUGGCAUCCGAAGUGGGACUGGCAUCUGAAGUGGGACCUACUCCCUCCUCAACUGUAUAGUCCAGGGUUUGCAGCAUUUUUAUGCUGGGUUGUCUCUAACAUGUAUGAUUGGUAUGUAUAGCUAUGGUAUUGUCUUUUUUUCAUUAGGA